ACUUUAAUAUUUUUUUUUCUCUUUCCUUCAGACUUUCUUCCCCAAUCCAGAACCGAAUUAUUAUCAAUAAUAACACAUCAUCGACUUCUUGCCAUUGCAGGCUUUGGCAAUCCGUCCUCCCAUUUUCUCAUUUCCCAUGAUCCAUUUCUUCCCUUAGAUACCUAGUCUAGUUCCAGGCUCUCGUUGUCCUUAUUUCCCUCUCCUUGCCACCGACCUAUCUUUCCAAACCUUGCCGGCCGUUCUCCCCUAACAGCUAUAGUUAUCUUUCACAAUGAUGUCAAGACGGCUUCUUACAGCCGCGCGAAUAUUGCGCCGGCCCAUGCAGCAGCAACCGUUGCGAGGCAGCAUCCCAAUGCCGCUACUGAUGACCCAAGUUCGCACCUAUGCGCAAACCAUCGUCAAAGUCCCGCAAAUGGCCGAAUCUAUUACAGAAGGUACCUUAAAACAGUGGAAUAAGAAGGUUGGCGAGUACGUCGAGCUGGAUGAGGAGAUUGCAACAAUUGAGACCGACAAGAUUGAUGUCGCUGUCAAUGCUCCCGAAGCUGGUGUAAUAAAAGAGCUCCUUGCCAACGAGGAAGAUACCGUUACCGUGGACCAGGAGAUUGCUAAGAUCGAAGCGGGCGCGGCUCCUGAGGGCGGUGAAAAAAAGCCUGAUGCACCCAAGGAAUCGCCCAGCAGGGAGGAGGCUUCUACCGAAUCCCGUCCAGCGCCGGCGGAAGCUGAAAACAAACCAGAACCGACGAAAUCGGAAUCGAAACCGGAAUCGCCGAAGCCCCAGCCACCUGCACCGGAACCGAAGAAGGAGUCAGCCCCGAAACCAGCUCAGCCAACGAAGGAAUCCUCAGCCACCACUGGUCCCGUCUUGGGAAGCCGGGAAGAAAGGCGAGUCAAGAUGAACCGCAUGCGCCUGCGGAUUGCCGAACGUUUGAAGCAAUCGCAGAAUACGGCAGCGUCGCUGACAACCUUCAACGAAGUUGAUAUGUCGUCCCUCAUGGAGUUCCGGAAGCUCUACAAAGAUGAAGUUCUCAAGAAGAGUGGGGUUAAGCUGGGGUUCAUGAGCGCAUUCUCUCGCGCAAGUGUUCUGGCGAUGCGGGAUAUUCCAGCCGUGAAUGCUUCGAUCGAGGGAGAAAACGGUGGCGACACCAUUGUAUACCGAGACUAUGUUGACAUUAGCGUAGCUGUCGCUACAGAAAAGGGUCUAGUCACUCCGGUUGUCCGCAAUGCCGAGUCAAUGGACAUGGUCGGGAUUGAGAAGGCCAUCGCGGAUAUGGGCAAGAAGGCUCGAGAUGGGAAGCUUACAAUCGAGGACAUGGCCGGUGGUACAUUCACCAUCAGCAAUGGAGGCGUAUUCGGCUCUCUCAUGGGUACGCCCAUCAUCAACCUCCCUCAGUGCGCUGUGUUAGGUCUCCAUGCGAUCAAGGACAGAGCCGUCGCCGUAAACGGCAAGGUUGAGGUUCGGCCUAUGAUGUACCUUGCCUUAACCUACGACCACCGCCUUCUCGAUGGCAGGGAGGCAGUCCAAUUUUUGGUUAAGGUCAAGGAAUAUAUCGAAGAUCCUCGGAAGAUGUUGCUAGGCUGAAUGUUAAUUACACGGAAUUGCUACUAAAUCAUGGCGGUGAGAAUAUGUAAGGCUUUAAAGUGUACAGUAUAGCGGUUGUUUGGUAUGCCUUUAUUCGUGAGGAUUUUAAUAAAUAUUUUAAACGAGUAAACCGUUUAAUUAAAUGAAUAAUUUCGUACCGUA